CCUUCCCUAACGCCAACAAUUCUAACCGCCGUUGGUGAUUUGACCCGCCAUGGCCGCCGGAGGAGGAGGAGCAGUGAUCCCAUCGGUGCCGCUGCUGAAAGAUGAGCUCGACAUCGUGAUACCCACGAUCAGGAAUCUCGAUUUCCUGGAGAUGUGGAGGCCUUUCUUUCAGCCCUACCAUCUCAUCAUCGUCCAAGAUGGAGACCCUUCCAAGACCAUCCACGUCCCUGAAGGAUUUGACUAUGAACUCUACAAUCGCAAUGACAUCAACCGAAUCCUCGGACCUAAGGCCUCUUGCAUCUCCUUCAAGGACUCUGCUUGCAGGUGCUUUGGGUACAUGGUCUCCAAGAAGAAGUACAUCUACACCAUUGAUGAUGAUUGCUUUGUUGCCAAAGACCCAUCUGGAAAAGAAAUCAAUGCUCUUGAGCAGCACAUCAAGAAUCUUUUAUGUCCUGCGACCCCACAUUUCUUCAAUACUCUCUAUGACCCGUAUAGAGACGGUGCUGACUUUGUGCGUGGCUAUCCUUUUAGUCUCCGUGAGGGAGUUCCCACUGCUGUUUCUCAUGGCCUUUGGCUCAACAUUCCUGACUAUGAUGCCCCAACCCAGCUCGUUAAGCCUCGUGAGAGGAACACCAGAUAUGUAGAUGCAGUUUUGACCAUUCCAAAGGGAACUCUGUUCCCUAUGUGUGGCAUGAAUUUGGCGUUUGACCGUGAGCUGAUAGGCCCUGCUAUGUACUUCGGACUCAUGGGUGAUGGACAGCCAAUUGGACGCUACGAUGAUAUGUGGGCUGGUUGGUGUACCAAGGUUAUAUGUGACCAUUUGGGUCUAGGAAUCAAGACGGGUCUUCCGUACAUAUGGCACAGCAAAGCGAGUAACCCUUUUGUCAAUCUCAAAAAGGAGUACAAGGGUAUCUUCUGGCAAGAAGAGAUCAUUCCCUUCUUCCAAUCUGUCACUCUCUCUAAGGAUUGCACCACCGUCCAGAAGUGCUACAUUGAGCUUGCCAAACAAGUCAAUGAAAAGUUAGCCAAGGUUGACCCCUACUUCAAAAAUUUGGCUGAUGCCAUGGUCACAUGGAUUGAAGCUUGGGAUGAGCUCAACCCUAUCAGUGAGGACUUCGCUAAGCUAUCCAUUUCCAAGGGCGCCGCAAAAUAGAUUUACCUCAAGUUUAUAUACAUCUAUUUUUCCCUUCGUCUUACCGCGGUUUUGCUUGCCACGGCCCCUUGCUUUAAUUUAUAUUUGAGUAAUUGUUGGAUUUUCUUUUUGAAGAGACAUUGAGGCUCCUAUACCCCCAUUCUGCUAAUAUAUAUAUACAUAGUAUUAUAUAACUAUUGCCUUUAAACUGUCAUAUCCAAUUGUAUUGAAUGGGCCUUGGGUAGGUUAACCUGCCUCAGUUCUUGGAGAGGCCGGGUUUUUCCCCCCCGAGAAUGAAGCAUUUUAUGGUUCCAAACAUCAGUUGUUACUGGGAUCGAGUUCCUCCAAAGAAGGACUGAACCGGUUUGUUCUGGUUUCAAAUUUACUAGGCUAAAAAGUAUUUAUUACCUGAUCUUCUAGUUGUUUGUGAUCGGGUCAUUAUUACCUCUUACGUUUUU